AUGUUCUCUUGCUGUCUUCGGACUACUCGAGGCUCAAGCCUCAAGAAAGACAACAGGAGGGACCAUGAUGUUGUCUGGAGGCACAGACUUCAGUCUUGCCUUCAGUGCCUAUGGCCAUUUACUCAAAGGGGAAAUAAUUUGACCAAAGCCAACCACAGAAUGACUCACACAGACCUGGAUGAGAAGGUUUCUGCGCAAAAGAACCUGAUGGAGACCAGGACUGAGUCAUACAUCAGGGCACAGACUGUGGUUGAGCAGAUGAACACACUGGUGCCUUCUCUGGACAAAGGGUACCCAUUGGUUGACUUAGCUUUUCUAUCUACAUAUAAAAGUUCUGCCACACCCCUUCACAUAUUGGACCUGCUGUUUGUGAGGUACGCAUACUUCAGCCCUCAUUCUAAAGAGGAUGAACAAGUAAAGAACACCCUCUGUAGCUUCUUGGAAACAUGGAUGGACAAGAACCCUGAGGACUUUUGUGACCCAUCAGACUUGUUGCCUCUGAAAUACCUGAAGGCCUACUUGAGUGUAUACAUCCACUGUGAUCUUAGUGUCCGUGUCAAGAGGCUGCUGACACAGUUGGAGGAAGAACAUGCCAAGGAUUCCCAGGCCAAAGAUGAGGAAGACUCAGAUCUGGGGAGACACACAUCUUCAGAACCACAGAUUGAAUGGGUUUAA